CCCAAACCCCAAGUGAUAUCAUAAAACUUACAAAUUUCCAAAAAGACCCCUGCCUUAUCUUUCCGAGCAACGAUAUGACGGACUAAUCGGAAGCUCAACAAAUUAAACAAAAAAAUGGCAUCACCAAUUACAACCGUCUUAUUCUCUCAAACUUAUUCACUCAAAACCAUAACUCAUCAUCAAUCACCUCACCGUGACCGAUAUAUAACGUCGGCGCCAUGCCUAUCACUCCGCAAUUUACGGCUUCACCAUAUCAACUAUAAAAAUACAGAAACUAGCAACAGAAAAAUAUCUUCAGUUUGUUUUUAUAAAUCUAAUAAAGAUGCUUCUAACGGCGAUAAGGGAAGUGGAUUGGAUUGGCCGAUUCUAAAACGAUGGGAUGUGCCAUGGGAGUGGUAUACGGUUUCACUGACCUCACUUGCUUGUGGAUUGAGUUUUGUUUUAACAGGACUUGUAGAAGCAGCAGCUCUUCCUUAUCUUGGAUUUCAAAUUGGAGAACUAAAUCUGGAUCAGAAGGCAGGAAUACUUUUCUUUGACCAGGCCUUCGCGACAGCCGUUGUACUUGCAACACUUUAUAGUGUCACCAACAGAAGCGAACAAAAUCCUGAUGACGUAUAUCGCUAUGAUUUGAGGGAUCCUUUCAAUCUUGAAAGAGGGUGGCUAUUGUGGGGUGUAAUUGGUCUUAUUGGAGCCUUAAUUACUAUCUCGCUUGCUGGAGUUGCUAUGUCCUUGUUCAGUGGUGACCCGCCUGAGAGAGAGACUGAUGCUCUUGUUCGCUUACUUCCUCUGAUUGGAUCCUCUGGCGUCAGCACCGCCUACUUAGUAGGCAUCACUGGUGUCCUUGCUCCAGUCCUGGAAGAGAAUGUGUUCCGUGGCUUUCUUAUGGUGGCACUCACUAAGUGGGUGCCCACACCUGUCUCAAUCCUUAUAAGUGCUGCAGUAUUUUCAGCUGCACAUCUCACUCCUGGAGAAUUUCCACAGCUCUUUAUACUUGGAACUGCUUUGGGUCUUUCAUAUGCGCAAACUCGCAACCUUCUCACUCCCAUAACAAUACAUGCUCUGUGGAACUCUGGUGUCAUCUUGUUGCUCACUUUUCUUCAGAUUCAAGGAUACGAUAUCAAGGAGCUAUUGCAGGUGACCUGAUAGAGAAGGUAUAUAAUCUGAAUUUCUGCACGUUGGCUGUCUGGCUUUCAUUCACACUAGACCAUAUUAUACCUUUCCCCGAUGGUUAGAACCAUCUGUAGUUUUGUUGUAUAUUCCGUGAAAGUUAACACAUGUUCAACAACAUUUGUGAGAAGUAUAUAGAUUGAGAAAUUUUUUAA